UUUGAUUAAUGGGGAGAACUCUCUCAAUUAUAUGAGAGGAUUAUUACAUAGACAUGAUAUUGUUUUUUAUAUUGGAACAACUACCAAUAAUUAAAAGGUGCAGCUCGUCGCAAUGCGGCGUCAUUCAAUAAUUUAUAUGAUCGGAAUAGUUUUUAAUGACGGUGGCGUUUACGUAACUGGUAGAGGCCAACAAUAGCAAGGAGAGGAGAACAAACCUCAGUCUCCAAUGGGAAUGUGAGCCCUUGAUUUUUGUCAUCUCUAUCUUUGCCUCGUUUUGCUGAAUCCAUCACGUUGUUCCUGCUGAAGAUAUGCUUAGGGAGGAAUAACUGCAGGGGAAAUUCGAGGGUUUCGGAGAAUUGGUGAAGAUAUGGAGCAUGGAGAUCGAAUUGAAGAAGGUAGCUCCAGAUUGCUGGGGGGUAGUAGCGUUACUGGGAGUAGUAAUGAUUAUAGGUGGGUUGAUGGCAGUGAAGUGGACUCCGAGUCGCCUCCAUGGUCGCUGUUUGAAGAAAGAGAGAGCGGGGAAGGAUAUGGAUCUAUCAGAAGGAGGUUGAUUAAGAAGCCCAAGAGAGUUGAUUCUUUUGAUGUUGAAGCAAUGGAGAUUGCCGGUGCCAACUAUCAUCAUUUAAAGGAUGUUUCCAUUUUGCAAACUAUUGCUAUAGCAUUUCAAACACUCGGUGUUGUAUACGGUGACAUGGGUACAAGUCCAUUAUACGUCUUUGCUGAUGUAUUCACCAAGGUGCAUAUUGAGGCAGACGUUGAUGUCCUGGGGGCUCUUUCCUUAGUGAUUUAUACAAUCGCUCUUAUUCCGUUGGCAAAAUAUGUUUUCGUAGUGCUCAGAGCCAAUGACAAUGGUGAAGGAGGAACAUUUGCAUUGUAUUCGCUUAUCUGUAGGUAUGCCAAAGUUAACUUGCUGCCUAACCGUCAGCCAGCUGACGAACAUAUCUCAAGUUUUAAGCUUAAACUACCCACGCCAGAGUUGGAAAGGGCCUUACAUAUCAAAGAGACUCUGGAGAAGAGAUCAUCCUUGAAAACUCUUAUAUUGCUGUUGGUUCUGAUGGGCACUUCAAUGAUUAUUGGGGAUGGUAUUCUAACCCCAGCAAUAUCAGUGAUGUCUGCUGUGAGUGGUCUGCAGGGAGAAAUAAAGUCAUUCGAUACAAAUGCUGUGGUUAUUGUUUCAAUCAUAAUCCUUGUGGUCUUGUUCAGCAUACAGAAAUUUGGAACUGGGAAAGUAGGAUUUUUGUUUGCUCCUGUGCUUGCUUUGUGGUUUUUUAGUCUGGGAUCUAUUGGAAUUUACAAUGUAGUGAAGUAUGAUCCCACCGUUGUAAGGGCUCUCAAUCCUGUUUACAUCUAUUUAUUCUUCAAGAAAAAUUCAAAUAAUGCAUGGUCAGCUCUCGGUGGUUGUGUUUUGUGCGUAACAGGAGCUGAAGCAAUGUUUGCUGAUCUAGGCCAUUUCACUGUGCCAGCCAUACAGAUUGCCUUCACAUGUGUUGUUUUCCCCUGCCUUCUCUUGGCAUACAUGGGCCAGGCUGCGUACCUUAUGAAACAUCCAUCUUCUGCAGCAAGAAUAUUUUAUGAGUCUGUGCCAGCAAGUCUCUUUUGGCCGGUCUUUGUGACAGCAACACUUGCUGCUAUGAUCGCAAGCCAAGCAAUGAUAUCUGCAACCUUUUCUUGUGUCAAGCAAUCUAUGGCUCUUGGAUGUUUCCCGAGAAUGAAGAUAGUUCACACCUCUAAGAGACGAAUGGGUCAAAUUUACAUCCCUGUGAUCAAUUGGUUUUUGAUGAUAAUGUGCAUAUUUGUCGUUGCAAUAUUUCGGAGGACUACAGACAUCGCCAAUGCUUAUGGUAUUGCUGAAGUUGGUGUGAUGCUGGUGAGCACAGUCCUGGUGACUCUAGUAAUGCUUCUAAUCUGGCAGACAAAUUUGUUUCUUGCAUUGUGUUUCCCACUUGUGUUUGGGUCAGUGGAAUUGAUAUACUUAACUGCAGUUUUAUCAAAAAUCAGAGAGGGUGGAUGGUUGCCACUUGCUUUUGCUUCCGUCUUCCUCUCUGUGAUGUACACAUGGAACUAUGGGAGUGUAUUGAAGUAUCAAAGUGAAGUGAGAGACAAGAUAUCAACGGAUUUCUUGGUUGAGCUUGGAUCUACACUCGGAACCGUAAGAGUUCCAGGAAUUGGUCUCCUCUACAAUGAUCUUGUGCAAGGUAUUCCUGCAAUUUUUGGGCAAUUUCUUCUUAGCCUUCCAGCCAUCCACUCAACAAUUGUGUUCGUGUGCAUUAAAUAUGUUCCAAUCCCUGUGGUUCCGCAAGAGGAAAGGUUUUUGUUUAGGAGGGUUGGCCCAAAAGAUUACCAUAUGUUCCGUUGCAUUGCGAGAUAUGGUUACAAGGAUGUACGGAAGGAAGAUCACCAUGCGUUUGAGCAACUUCUGAUGGAAAGCCUUGAGAAGUUCUUAAGAAAGGAGUCUCAAGAUCUUGCCCUGGAGAGCAAUGUGAAUGAGUUGGAAUUCGAUAAUAUUUCAGAGCGGUCGCGGGAUUCUCUAACUCUAGGUGUUACUGAUGUAGAUGAGUUGAGAAUUUCAUUGAUAGAACAGGAAAGAACUGUGAUUUCGGAAGACGCUUUUGGGGAACGGUUGCCGUCCAGCAUUAUGGCAUCAGAUGAUGACCCUAGCUUGGAGUAUGAGCUAUCAGCCCUUCGGGAAGCCAUGGAUUCAGGAUUUACAUAUCUACUGGCACAAGGGGACGUCCGAGCAAAGAAAAACUCAUUUUUUAUUAAGAAGCUUGUUAUAAAUUAUUUCUAUGCAUUCCUAAGGAGGAACUGUAGGGGUGGUGCAGCAACAAUGCGAGUUCCUCACAUGAACAUCAUGCAAGUUGGGAUGACUUACAUGGUUUGAUGAGACUAUUAUUAUUGUUAAACUCCAUAGUCUGCUCAUGAACUACUUGAAUGGAAGAAUAUUUGCAGAUGGUUAGGAUAAAUUAAAGGGCAGUUUGCAUAGGCCCCCCAAUAAAAGAAAAAGAAAUAAAAUUUGCAGGCGUGCCUUUAUUGUUU